GCAGAGGCACAGGGGGAGGGAGAGAGGCAGAGUGGAGGAGGAGGCAAGAGAAUGGAAAGAACUUGAGUUUAAGGAAUUUGAAACCUGUGUGACUGAAGAAAAAGAACAGGGACGGGACAACUUGGUGAGGCUAGAGAAGCAGUUCUGUGAUCAACAAGACGGCACGAACACUGGUUUGAAAAUACACUUCCAGCUCCGUCAAAAAAACGUUUUUAACAACUUGAUUGGAGACUGAAAAGGUUGGAGCGACUUUUGCCGUUUUUGGUCACUGUAGUUAAAACAAUGGACUUUCCGCAGUUUCUGCGCUGAGAGAAAACUGCCUGUGAGUUUUUAUUUAAAACUUCGGACUGGAGAUAAAACGUCAGAAGGCAGUAGUAGUAGUCAGCAGCGGGAAUAAGCAGAAACUAUUCUAGGACGGUAUCAGGGUAAAGUUUAGAAAUUGUUUUUCGCAACAUAAAAUGAGAAUCAGGGAAGCAGAGGAGUGAUAGCGAGUGGAAGAAAUACCUGUGGAUUUAAAUCGCGAGCAGUCAGUCGGAAGAACAUCCGCUAAACUUUUCAGUGUACAACAAAGAUUUUUAACAGAGCCCGUGAGAGUUAUUGGAAUGCGGUGACGCGAACUGGAGUUGUAUCCAACAAGUUCAAAGUUGGAACCGUGAAUUCCGGUAGAAGUGCGUUGUUCCGAGGGACCAGCUAUGGAGAGCGGGUCACAGGGACUGGCGCUGGGGAUACUGUUUGUCGGCGCAUUUUUUAGUUUAGGAUCUGCAAACACUUUGACAGAGCCGCAGUUCAUCCGUAGCCCCGGUAACGUGACGUCAUCGCUUGGGAAGCCUGUAAAGGUGGUGUGUACACUGCAGGGUUGGGGGGGCGAGGACCCCCCUGAUGUGGUCUGGCAGCGGGACGGACAGCCCCUGGAGUACGCCGACACCAACCAAAUACAGGUUCCUGUUGCUUCUCGCAGCUGGAUGGUUAUCAGCACACUCAGGAUAGAGAAAGUGCAGCUACCUGACAUGGGUUCCUACCGAUGUGCUGUGAUGUCAGAGGGACACCAAACUCUGUCUGUAGCAGGACACAUUCAUCUAGAAGGUCUUCCUCAUUUCUCUGUGGAGCCUCAGCACCAGUCGGUGGUAGCCAAUGUGUCUCUGAGUCUGCACUGUGUGGCCCACGGCCCCCCGGAGCCCGUCAGAGUCAUCUGGCUGCAGGACGGGGCCCCUCUAAACUCUCUGCAGGACCAUGUUGCCCUGUCCCCCUCUACAGUCAAUAUAACAGGUCUGAACAGAACCAGUACUUUCUCCUGUGAGGCACACAACCGUAAAGGAGUGGCGACAUCAGGCUCUGGGACCAUCACAGUCCUGCCAUCCCAGCCCCAGAGAGUCAGGGCUGUUGACGUCACCAACUCUAGCCUGCUCCUCUCCUGGGAACCUGGCUUUGGAGGAGUCUAUCCUAUAACCCACUGCACCAUACAGGUCAAGCGUUCAGGAGAGGACGUCGGUGUCGGGGGGGUGGAUCACAUGAUCCACAACCAGAAUGUGAACAUCCCACCCGCCAGCCACCUGAUCGGGGAUCUGGAGCCGAAUAGUGGCUACGCAGUGAGGCUUGCCUGUCACACCACCCAGGGGGUGUCAGAUUGGACACACUGGGCCACACUACACACCGCAGAAGGAGUGCCCGACGGACCUCCGGGGAACGUCAGUGGGGUGUUAAACGGGACAGAAGUGAUGGUCAGCUGGGAGGAACCAGAUGGAAGGAUGAACGGAGACCUACAGGGAUACCUGCUGGAGUACAGCAGCCCCAAUAUGGAACAGGCUGUAGUGGACACGGGCCUCUACACAGAGCUGUCCGUCAACCUGUCCGUCCCUCUGUCUAACGUGUCCUUUAGGGUGUGUGCCUACACCAAGGCGGGACAGGGGCCAUGGACCCCCCUACACACCCUCACCCUUAUCCCCCCUGAAAUGGGAGAGCUUCAAUCCAGAGAUACCUCCGACCAGCCACUCUUCUCUUGGCACUGGUGGUAUGUUGUCAUGGCGAUAGCUGUUGCCGUGGCGCUAGCAGUCCUAAUGGCAGUGUACGUGGCCAAACUACGGCGGAAGGAGACACGCUUUGGGGAAGUGUUUGAGCCCAUGAUGGAGAGUGGAGAGCUGGUGGUGAGGUACAGAGCACGACGUACAUACAGCCGCAGGACCACUGAGGCCACAUUGAACACCCUUGGCAUCAGUGAUGAGCUGAAACAUAAGCUGCAAGAUGUGAUGGUGGACAGACACAAGCUAACCCUGGGAAAGACCCUGGGAGAGGGAGAGUUUGGCUCUGUGAUGGAGGGAGCGUUAACGCAUGAGGAGUCUGUUCUCAAAGUGGCUGUGAAGACCAUGAAGAUUGCCAUCUGUACCCGCACUGAGAUGGAAGACUUCCUGACAGAAGCUGCGUGUAUGAAAGAGUUUGACCAUCAGAACGUCAUGAGACUGCUAGGUGUGUGUCUACAGACAGUAGAGAGUGAGGGUUACCCCUCCCCUGUGGUCAUCCUGCCCUUUAUGAAACACGGAGACCUACACAGCUACCUGCUCUACUCACGCCUUGGAGACUGCCCAGUGUACCUGCCGUCUCAGAUGCUGGUGAAGUUCAUGGUGGAUAUCGCCAAGGGAAUGGAGUAUCUCAGCAGAAACAACUUCAUCCACAGAGACCUGGCUGCAAGGAACUGCAUGCUGAAUGAGAACAUGAAUGUGUGUGUUGCUGACUUCGGCCUUUCUAAAAAGAUAUAUAACGGAGACUACUACCGCCAGGGUCGCAUCUCUAAGAUGCCCGUCAAAUGGAUCGCCAUCGAGAGCCUGGCAGACCGCGUCUACACCACCAAGAGCGAUGUGUGGUCAUUUGGCGUGACCAUGUGGGAGAUAGCAUCGCGCGGCCAGACUCCGUACCCAGGUGUGGAGAACAGUGAGAUAUAUGACUACCUGAGACAAGGAAACCGUCUCAAACAACCUCCAGACUGUCUGGACAGCAUUUAUUCCCUGAUGUUCUCCUGCUGGUUCUUGAGUCCUAAGGACCGUCCUCUGUUUGAGACGCUACGUGGGGAGCUGCAGAAGGCUCUCGAGGACCUGCCGGACUCCCAGGACCCAGAUGAGAUCCUCUAUGUCAACAUGGAGGAGUCGAUGGAGCUGGGGGCCGUGGGGGGACGCGACCCGGCCGGGGGCCUGAAGGGUUUGGACUCUGUGGCCAUGGUGGAGGUGCACCACACCCACCCUAGCCGCUAUGUCCUCUGUCCCCAACACGACACCAACCGCCUGCUCUCUGACUCCCUGGAGAGUCUUAACCUGGUGUCCUCCUCUUCCGCCACGCUGCCCCUGGGGACAACCCUACAACCCUCCGGCUGCUCCACCCCAACAAGCACAGCAGAGGUGCAGGAGGACAGGGGAGGGCCCAGGAAGGUACCCUGGUAGUGAUGAAGGGCUCUACGCUCACCACUGUCACAGAGUCAAUACAGACUGGUCAAUACCAUCAGAACUAUACAAUCCCUCCUGUUGGUAUUCACUGUCAGUCUUGACAGACAGACUGGACAAUACCAUUUAAUCCCAAUCAAAUAAUUUAGCAAGCCUUUUUUGCACAAACAUACUCCUACACACACCCAUACACACUCCUUUAGGCAUUCCACGUUGUGAUUGAAAUAGUGGGAUUGUCAAAAUGUAUAUAGUUACGUCCUCACAUCUCUUCCUGCUUAAGCACACUUCGUACCAUAAUGAGUCUACAGGCUAUUGGCCCUGAAACCCUUCAGACAGACCAGACAGUAAAGACCAGUUCCCCUCAGACAGUAAAGACCAGUACCCCUCAGACAGACCAGACAGUAAAGACCAGUACCCCUCAGACAGUAAAGACCAGUACCCCUCAGACAGUAAAGACCAGUUCCCCUCAGACAGUAAAGACCAGUACCCCUCAGACAGUAAAGACCAGUUCCCCUCAGACAGUAAAAGACCAGUACCCCUCAGACAGACCAGACAGUAAAGACCAGUACCCCUCAGACAGUAAAGACCAGUACCCCUCAGACAGUAAAGGACCAGUUCCCCUCAGACAGUAAAGACCAGUUCCCCUCAGACAGUAAAGACCAGUACCCCUCAGACAGUAAGGACCAGUACCCCUCAGACAGUAAAGACCAGUACCUCUCAGACAGUAAAGACCAGUACCCCUCAGACAGUAAAGACCAGUACCCCUCAGACAGUAAAGACCAGUACCCCUCAGACAGUAAAGACCAGUACCCCUCAGACAGUAAAGACCAGUACCCCUCAGACAGUAAAGACCAGUACCCCCUCAGACAGUAAAGACCAGUACCCCUCAGACAGUAAAGACCAGUACCCCUCAGACAGUAAAGACCAGUACCCCUCAAACAGUAAAGACCAGUACCCCUCAGAUAGUAAAGACCAGUACCCCUCAGACAGUAAAGGCCAGUACCCCUCAGACAGACCAGACAGUAAAGACCAGUACCCCUCAGACAGCAAAGACCAGUUCCCCUCAGACAGUAAAGACCAGUACCCCUCAAACAGUAAAGACCAGUACCCCUCAGACAGUAAAGACCAGUACCCCUCAGAUAGUAAAGACCAGUACCCCCUCAGACAGUAAAGACCAGUACCCCUCAGAGAGACCACCAUUAGCACACAUUAGGCAAGUCAUUGUCCACACAAACUGCAUGCAGGACAAUCAUCAGUACCAGCUAAGACCCUGCCAUAUAGUGAUUUACACACAGUACCAGCUAAGACCCUGCCAUAUAGUGAUCUACACAGUACCAGCUAAGACCCUGCCAUAUAGUGAUCUACACGGUACCCAGCUAAGACCCUGCCAUAUAGUGAUCUACACAGUACCAGCUAAGACCCUGCCAUAUAGUGAUCUACACAGUACCAGCUAAGACCCUGCCAAAGAGUGAUCUACACAGUACCAGCUAAGACCCUGCCAUAUAGUUGAUCUACAACAGUAACAGCUAGACCCUGCCAUAUAGUGAUCUACACAGUACCAGCUAAGACCCUGCCAUAUAGUGAUCUACACAGUACCAGCUAAGACCCUGCCAUAUAGUGAUCUACACAAGUACCAGCUAAGACCCUGCCAUAUAGUGAUCUACACAGUACAGCUAAGACCCUGCCAAUAUAGUGAUCUACACAGUACCAGCUAAGACCCUGCCAUAUAGUGAUCUACACAGUACCAGCUAAGACCCUGCCAUAUAGUGAUCUACCACAGUACCAGCUAAGACCCUGCCAUAUAGUGAUCUACACAGUACCAGCUAAGACCCUGCCAUAUAGUGAUCUACACAGUACCAGCUAAGACCCUGCCUGCCACAAAGCGUGUAUAGUAUAUAGUGUCAACUCAGGAGCUAAAAUACUGAACAUGUCCAGCUAACUGAAGCAACCGUCCAGCAAGUAUUGGAGCAGAGGACUAAUCAUAAAAUGUAUGGGACUAAUAUAAUGAAUGGCCCUGCCAGUGGGAUAGGGGCCAUUACAAUGAAUGGCCCUGCCAGUGGGAUAGGGGCCAUUACAAUGAAUGGCCCUGCCAGUGGGAUAGAGGCCAUUACAAUGAAUGGCCCUGCCAGUGGGAUAGGGGCCAUUACAAUGAAUGGCCCUACCAGUGGGAUAGAGGCCAUUACAAUGAAUGGCCCUGCCAGUGGGAUAGAGGCCAUUACAAUGAAUGGAUCUCAACACAGACUCUCACUCAGUCUCACUCUGUCUCCCCCAGUCUCCCCCAGUCUAACUCUUUCUCCCCCAGUCUAACUCUGUCUCCCCCAGUCUAACUCUGUCUCACCCUGUCUCACUCUGUCUCCCCCAGUCUCACUCUGUCUCCCCCAGUCUAACUCUGUCUCCCCCAGUCUCACUCUGUCUCCCCCAGUCUAACUCUGUCUCCCCCAGUCUCACCCUAUCUCCCCCAGUCUCACUCUGUCUCCCCCUGUCUCCCCCAGUCUCACCCUGUCUCCCCCAGUCUCACUCUGUCUCCCCCUGUCUCCCCCAGUCUCACUCUGUCUCCCCCUGUCUCCCCCAGUCUCACUCUGUCUCACUCUGUCUCCCCCAGUCUCACUCUGUCUCACCCUGUCUCCCCCUGUCUCACUCUGUCUCCCCCUGUUUUGACCAAGUGGUUAUCUUGUGGAAGAGAGAAGGGAAACGCAACAGGUCAGACAUACAUAACAUGUCAUUGUUUGCUAAAUUAAAGCAAUGGAAUAGCUAUUGAUAGGUUAAUUCCAUUGUAAUUCCCAUCAAUUCUGAAAGCAAAACACAUUCCACAUUGUUCUCAUUGAAAAUCAUGUAAGAGAAUUGGACUUGGGCUUUCAGUGUACAUUCUGAAUUGACUGGAAAAAUGAAAUGGAAUUGACUCCAACCCUGAUUGAUAAGAUCACCUAGGACCAAUAAGAUAUAGGGGGCAACAUUAUGUGUGUGUGUUCGUAAAUUCAGUUUGGAGUGCUAGAGGGCGCUCUGGGAGUUUGUCAAUUCGUUAGUAAAUUCAGAGCGUUUUACUUCCGGAGCGUUCAGGGCGACCAGUGAACGCUCUGGGCGAUCUGAGCGUUCUGACCCUAACAACAGCAGUCAAACACCCAAGCUAACGGGCUAGCGGUUAACUAGCUACUUCCAGGCACAAAUGAGACAACAUCUCACUCUGACCAUUUUACUCACCCUAGCAGAGCUAGUUAGGCUGUUUUCAUGUUAUCUAGAGCGUCGGUGACAAGCAGCAAUUGAAUUACGUUGUUUUUUUUGCCCGACGUUUACUGACACCGGACAUACUCAACGGGUGUUGAGCGUUUGAAUCCGUUAUUCUGCGCUCUGACACACUCAGACGAGAGUACUUUGAAAUCAGAGUAGAUGUUGGUUUAACCCAAAGCUACCGGAGGGUAACUAUGGCUAGCUGUGAGGGUUACUAUGGCUACCUGAGGGUUACAAUGGCUACCUGAUAGUUACUAUGGCUACCUGAGGGUCACGCCACACUCAAACGUACAUGUGGCUCAAAGCACAGUGUUGCUAUUAUAUAAUAUUGUGUAUAUAUAAUAGUGUGUAUUCUUUUAUUUUAUUUUAUGUAUAAGACCUUUGCACUAAUAUUAACGUGUUCUUGUAUUUUUAGGCUUAUUAUAUAUUUUUUUGUGUUUGUUUGAAUGACAUUUCAUGUGUUCUUGGGGCUCUAUUCAAUCUGCAAGUUCAGCUUUACAGUGUGAUUUAAACAAUUUGUUCUUAUCUGACUUGCCUAGUUUAAAUAAAGGUAAAAAAUAUAUAUAUAUAUAUAUAUAUAAAUGUAAAGGCAAUGUUCCCGCUUUAGCGAAGACUUGCCUCACGGUAAACGGUGCAUGUGUGGUUUACAUUUCUAUCGCGGACUCUGUAACGCUUCUUCAGCUUCCCAGAUUGAAUAGAGCCCCCUUUGUGGGUCUUUUACCUGGUCAAUGCAACAGUCUGCAUGGACCACAAAGCACCACGUCUUUGUCUACAUGUUGUUCCGCGCCAGUAAAGACGUGAGUGCACAGGUAGACAGCUGGUACGGUAGUGCACAGGUAGACAGCUGGUACAGUAGUGCACAGGUAGACAGCUGGUACGGUAGUGCACAGGUAGACAGCCGGUACGGUAGUGCACAGGUAGACAGCUGGUACGGUAGUGCACAGGUAGACAGCCGGUACAGUAGUGCACAGGUAGACAGCCGGUACGGUAGUGCACAGGUAGACAGCUGGUAUGAUAGUGUACAGGUAGACAGCUGGUACAGUAGUGUACAGGUAGACAGCCGGUACGGUAGUGUACAGGUAGACAGCUGGUACAGCAGUGUACAGGUAGACAGCUGGUACAGCAGUGCACAGGUAGACAGCUGGUAUGAUAGUGUAGCAGGUAGACAGCUGGUACAGUAGUGCACAGGUAGACAGCUGGUAUGAUAGUGUACAGGUAGACAGCUGGUACAGUAGUGCACAGAUAGACAGCUGGUACAGUAGUGUACAGGUAGACAGCUGGUACAGCAGUGCACAGGUAGACAGCUGGUAUGAUAGUGUACAGGUAGACAGCUGGUACAGCAGUGCACAGGUAGACAGCUGGUAUGAUAGUGUACAGGUAGACAGCUGGUACAGUAGUGCACAGGUAGACAGCUGGUAUGAUAGUGUACAGGUAGACAGCUGGUACAGUAGUGCACAGGUAGACAGCUGGUAUGAUAGUGUACAGGUAGACAGCUGGUACAGUAGUGCACAGGUAGACAGCUGGUAUGAUAGUGUACAGGUAGACAGCUGGUACAGUAGUGCACAGGUAGACAGCUGGUACAGUAGUGCACAGGUAGACAGCUGGUACGGCAGUGCACAGGUAGACAGCUGGUACAGUAGUGUACAGGUAGACAGCUGGUACAGUAGUGCACAGGUAGACAGCUGGUAUGAUAGUGUACAGGUAGACAGCUGGUACAGUAGUGCACAGGUAGACAGCUGGUAUGAUAGUGUACAGGUAGACAGCUGGUAUGAUAGUGUACAGGUAGACAGCUGGUACAGUAGUGCACAGGUAGACAGCUGGUACAGGCAGUGCACAGGUAGACAGCUGGUAUGAUAGUGUACAGGUAGACAGCUGGUACAGUAGUGCACAGGUAGACAGCUGGUAUGAUAGUGUACAGGUAGACAGCUGGUACAGUAGUGCACAGGUAGACAGCUGGUAUGAUAGUGUACAGGUAGACAGCUGGUACAGUAGUGCACAGGUAGACAGCUGGUACAGUAGUGCACAGGUAGACAGCUGGUACAGUGGUGUAUUAGAAUGAACUCACGUGAAUCAUGUCUUGAUGAGGCUUUUCCUCUCCAUAUAUUCUUUAUUCCAAUAUGUUGUUCAGUACACCAUAACGCACAUACAUUAGGCUCAAUUAUGCUUUUGCCCCACAACAAUGCUAUAAAUGAGUUAAACUUAUUUUUCACAAUGUGAAUUUGUAAAUACUUUAUUUUUUAUUUUUUACAACUAACCAAAAUUGUAAUUGGAAAAUAUUAAGACAAAAGAAAAGUAGAAUUUUGUAAGUACAGUAUAUAGCAAUUACAUAGCGAUAUUCCCCCAAGGUACCGAUAUGGAACAUCCCUAUCCUGAUUUACAGAGUCUUAACAUAUCAUGCAGUCAGUAGAGACAGUAUUCUGUGAUCUGAUUGGUUUAUAAAUGAUGCUCAUUGGUUUCCAUGUAAUUGACGGGGAGAUGAAGAAUAUGUUACGGUGACAGUCACAUAUUAUUGUCACUUCGAUGGUUUUAAAAAAAACAGAUUUUUUAUACUUAUUUUGUAUGAAAUAAAAUGUGUACAGUGUAUUCCUUA